AUGACCUGGACGCCGCCCAACCCGACCUCGGUGCCUGCGCCCGCCGCCAGGGUGCCGCAGGACAUCCACACCUUCGCCGACGUCGCUGCCUACAAGCCCGUCCACCUCCACCUCGACUGGGCCAUCGACUGGGAGGCCCGCAUCAUCUCUGGCAAGGUGUCGCACGAGAUUGAGGUGCUCAAGGACGGCAUCAGCAAAGUGACCCUAGACGCCAGCUUCCUCCGUAUCGACCAGACCGAGGUCGAUGGCGCCAAGGUCGAUGCCAAACUCGGGCAGCGGAGCCACGCGCUGGGUUCACCCCUCGAGAUCCCCGUCGGCAGCCGCAGCAAGGGCGACCGCAUCAAGAUCGACAUCACCUACAGCACCACCGAGCAGUGCACCGCGCUCGGCUGGCUCGCAAAGGAGCAGACGGCCGGCAAGACCAACCCCUUCCUUUACUCGCAGUGCCAGGCCAUCCACUGCCGCUCCCUCGUUCCCUGCAUCGACUCGCCCUCGCACAAGGUGACCUACACCUCGACCGUCAAAUCGCCCAUCCCCGUCCUCAUGUCGGCGCUCAAGGAUGACUCCAAGCCGGCCGAGGCGGGCACCUACCACUUCCGACAGCCCAUCGGAAUUCCGAGCUACCUGAUCGCCAUCGUCGGAGGCGAUCUCGAGUUCAAGAAGCUCGGCGAGAGGACCGGCAUCUGGGCAGAACCGCCCAUGGCCGACGCCGUCCAGUGGGAGUUCGAGGCAGACGCCGAGCGCUUCCUCGAGCACGCCGAAAAGGUCGUCUCGCCCUACUCGUGGACGCGCUACGACAGCGUCGUCCUGCCCCCCUCGUUUCCCUACGGAGGCAUGGAGAACGCCAACCUCACCACCCUCACCCCAACGCUCGUCGCCGGCGACCGCAGCCUGACUGACGUUCUGCUGCACGAGCUCUGCCACUCUUGGGCCGGCAAUCUCACCUCGUGCUCUAACUGGACGCACUUCUGGCUCAACGAGGGCUGGUGCGUCUACCUCGAGCGCCUGCUGCUCCAGAGCGUCCACGGGCCCAAGGAGGGCCCCGCUCACCGCGCCUUCUCGUACAUCAUCGGCUCCAAGGCGCUCAAGGACGCCCUCGAGCAGUUUAAGGACACGCCCCGCUUCCAGCGCCUCAUCCCGCUCUACAAGGACGGCGAGGACCCGGACGACGCCUUCAGCUCCCUGCCCUACGAGAAGGGCAGCAACUUCCUCCUCUACCUCGAGAGGACCGUCGGCGGCCUGGACAACUUCCUCCCCUACGCCAAGAGCUACUUCCACGCCUUCUACAACCGCUCCGUCUCGACCGAGGAGUGGCAGGAGCACCUCUUCGACUUCUACAAGGGUUCCGACGACAUCACCGCCAAGCUCAAGCAGGUCGACUGGGACGCCUGGUUCCACGGCGAGGGCCUCGAGCUGCCGGUCAAGAUGGAGUACGACACCACGCUCGCCGAGCAGGCCUUCAGCCUCGCCGCCCGCUGGGAGCGCGUCGUCGCGGGCAAGUCGACCGUCAAGGACGAGGGCUUCUCGCCGGACGACAUCAAGGGAUGGAACGCCAACCAGGUCGUCGUCUUCCUCGAGAAGCUCCACACGGGUCCCAAGAUGCCGCUCGCCGUCACCAAGCAGCUCGACCAGGUCUACGGCUUCUCGGCCGCCACCAAUUCCGAGGUCCUCCUCCGCUUCUUCGAGGUCGCCCUUGAGGUCGAGGGCGGCGAGUACGCGCAGAAGGCGGCACAGUGGGUCAAGGGCGUGGGUCGCAUGAAGUUCUGCAGGACCAUCUUCCGCGCCCUCAACAAGGUCGAGCCCGAGCUCGCCAAGAAGACGUUCCUCGACAACAGGAGCUUCUACCACCCCAUCGCCGCUGCCCAGAUCGAGAAGGAUCUGGCCGCACCAACCGGCGCGCAAGGAGACUCGAUCUAUCGAGCGGAUACAGAGGCUGCGGGCCAGGCUGGACCCUCGCUCCGUGGCAAGUGGACCGACGCCACUGACGAGAGCAGUGCCGCUAACGGCCCGGCGCGGCUCGAGGGCGACAUUGUGACCAUCUUCGGCUCGACGGGCACGGGCAAGACGAAGCUGUCUGUCGAAAUCGCCGAGGCGAUUGCCUCGUCGCGAGCGGGGCAGUACGGCGACUACCGCGUUGCCGAGAUCGUUUCGUGCGACAGCAUGCAGAUCUACCGCGGCCUCGAUAUCAUCACCAACAAGGCGACCGAGGACGAGAUGAAGGGUGUCCCGCACCACCUCAUGGGCUUCCUAGAGCCGGGACAGGAGUACGAUGUUGCGCGCUUCAUCCGCGACGUCAAGAAGAUCCAUGCUGACCUGUCGAGCCGGGAGCAAAAGACGCUAACGGUCAUCGCCGGCGGUACGGCCUACUACCUCCAGCACCUGCUCUUUCCGGGACGAUUGGUGACCAGCUCAGACGCCGUCGGGACGACGGGAUCCGAAGACGUCAGCACAGAGGGGGCCCAGGCCGACCCGCAGUUGAGCGACCAGAUCUCGCGUCUCUCGCCCGAGGAGCGCUCGAUCCUCGACCUGGUCUCGCACAAGGCGAGCUCGAAGCAGCUCAUCGCUCUGCAGACCGAGAGCCCGCUGCCCAUGUGGAAGCUGCUCGACAAGCUGGACCCGGACAUGGCGGCGAGAUGGCACUGGAAGGACACGCGCAAGGUGGGCAACAGUCUCCGCAUCAUCAAGGAGACUGGGCGGCGGCACUCGGACUGGAUCGCCCGGCAGGACGAUGAGCGGCGCCGGCGCGAGGCCGACGGCGGCGAUGCGGCGGGAUCGGGGAGCGAAGCAGCAGCGACGCCCGUCGAUGGGCUGCGCCGGCUCCUCUUCUGGGUCUGGUGCGAGCCCGAGACGCUCAAGCGCCGCCUCGACGACCGCGUCGACGAGAUGGUGGACCGCGGCCUGCUCGACGAGAUCAAGGAGAUGCGGCGGAUCGCCAAGUCGAUCUUUGACGACCUCGCCGCCGCCUCGCAGGCCGGGAACGCUCCUCCGCUGCAGCAGAACUACCAGGCGGGCAUCUUCCAGACAAUCGGGUACAAGCAGUUCGACGCCUACCUGUCGCGUCUCGAGGAGCUCGACGGGCGGUUCCGAGACUUUGAACGCGACACGACCCCGGCCCCGGCGCCGGUUUCGGCGCAGCAAGAGCAGACGAGGCAGGGUGCGCGAGGGGACAAGGUGGCGCAGCAGCUGUUCCGCGAGGCCAAGGAGAAGAUGCAGCAGGCGACGCGGCGGUACGCCAAGGACCAGAUCAAGUGGGUGCACAACAAGCUCAUCCCAGAGGUGCGGCUGGCGCAGUCGUUUAUGCGGCAGGCCAAGGAGCGGCGACGCCGCACAAGCAGCAGCGGGGGCAGCGGCAGCUCGAGCAUCGCAACAAGAGGCGAGGGCGAGGGUGAGGGCGAGGACGUGCAGCUGUACCUGCUGGAUGCGACCGACAAGAGCCAGUGGGACGUCAAAGUCCGCGAUCCGGCCCUCUCGAUCGUCCAAGCGUUCCUGCAACGUCGACCUCUGCCCGAUCCGUCGCAGAGGACGAUGCAGGCCAAUCGGAUGUACGUCUGUCCCGUGUGCACGGUGCGCGACGAGGAGCCGCACUUUGUGCGCGUCCUGGACCGCAAGUCGCACGAGCGCGGCAAGACGCACCGCAUGCACGCAAAGGCGCGCAUGCCGGACGACGAGAGGCAGAGGGAGAUCGAGAGGAUGAAGGCCCAGGGCGAGGAGAAGCGGAGGCAAAGGGAGGCCCUCAAGGUCGAGCUCGACGAGAUCAAGAGGCGCCAACAGAGCGGUGAGGCGUAG